ACUACUUAGCUUUUUUCUAAUUUUUAAAUUAAGUCCAAUAGUCCAUUAGCCUUUAGGUACUUAAUAUUAUAGUGUUAUUAGUGUUAAAAUAUAAAAAUAUAUACAUAGUUUAUAAUAAAACGUGCAAUACAUCAUUACCAUUUACCUGUAUCAAGUGUAUGGCUGUUUGGAUUAUGGACACUGGAUUACUAAAACAAGGUUUAUUUCAUAGAGUAAUACUUGAUGAGAACAAAAAAAUAAUAAGCCACCAAUAUAAACAGAAAGUUCGUUAAACCGUAUAUAUUAUAAUUUUCAGCUCAUCGGGGUGAGAUGAUUAAAUGAAGAUGGAUGAACAUGGCUGUUUCUUCGGCAAUGGCGGCACUCUAGCUACGUUUCACCGGAAGAGUAGAUGUUUACGAUUCUGUAUUCUGAAGCGUUUCCUCAUGGGCGUCGCAGUUCACGUUACGGAUUCCGCCGAAAGAGUCGAUAAUUAAAAAAUGGUAUUCGUCAGUGAACAUUUUCAAACUGGGAAUAAUAUAUCAUAAGCAGAUUGAAAUGUGUGAACGUUUCAGUGUUUCGAAGACUAAGUUUCGUAGCAGAUUUUGAUUCCGUCACGGGGACACGAUUCACGGAUUAACCAGGCGUGGGAAUAUAUCCAUAAUUAAUUGAACAACGUCCAGUGAAGUCUACUCUAAUACCUAAGAAAUCCUCUACCAACAGUCUUGCUACCUGCAAAUUAGAAACUAAGCAGUUAUCCCAAUUGCUAGUUUAUAACACUGGCGCAGUCGAGUACGGAACUUCCAAGGAGAUUGAGGCGAGUCGAGCAGUCAAAACAGCGGAAAUCAACAGAAGAAGUGCAGAAGUGACACAGCGGUUCGAUUCAAAUCAACUACAUGGAGGCAACUUUUCAAGUCACAGUCGAGGACCGAUCACCCUUGAAAACUCCGGGAAGCGACGAACAAAUUGAAGACAGGCAAGCAGACGAAAAUAAAAAAAGAAAUGAACAGAGCAGUAGGUGCAGGGAUUAUUUGGCAGUUGCAUAUUCUGUUACCAUGAAUUCCGCCUCGACAGCUCGAGUAAAAGAGAAGAUUCGUUAUGAUAUAAAUGUCCAUCGUAAUCAACACAAACAAAUACUAUUAAAUUCAAGACGAGGAGUUGUAGUCGAGGAAGAAGAUAAUGUAUUUACUGUUGAAGACAUGCAUAAUUUGGCACAAGAAAUUAAACAUAAAAAACAAAUUACUGUUGAACAAUUAAGGUUAUUAAAAAAUGGUUUUCUGAACGGUAUAGACUUUGUUUCAGAAUUUUACCAUGUUCAAGGGGCUACUGAAUCCUUACUUCAUCUUGCAACUGGUAAUAAAAAUGAAGAAGUACAGUUAGCAGCACUUGAAUGUUUUUGUAACAUGACCUUAGGAGAUAGAAAGACAUGUUUAAAAUUGACAAAAUUAAUUAUACCAUACUUGAUGAUGUACAUCAAUCAUUUGAAUUUCAAUAUAUCAGCUAUGUGUAUCUGGACUCUUGGAAAUUUGAGUGAUUCUAGUCCAGGUUCAUGUAAAGUGCUUCAAAGUCAAAAUUUCUUUGAUGCACUGGUUGAUCGCUUACAUAACUCAACCUGUGAUGAUGUUAUUUUCAAUACCUUUUAUGCCUUAAGACUUUUUCUUAAAAACUACCUGAUUCAUUUAAAGAUUGAUGAUCUACACAAAUUGCUACUCGCAUGUUAUGGACGAUUGAACACAUGGAAAGAAUCAUUUUGGAUUGUGUAUCAAAUUUCUUGUUGUCAACAAAUUAAAUUGCACAAUUCAGAAUGUAUGGAACGUUUAUUGAACACCUUUAAUGAAGAUAUAAUCGAUAUAACGUGUUUAGUGCCUAUUUUAAGAACAUUUAGUAAUAUUAUAGCUCACGAUAGUACUGGUCAUUCCGCAUAUGUAUUUCUUUAUGCAUUACUAUGUGAAAAAGGAUCUAUUAUAAGAAAUAUUUUGAUUAAAAAUAGAGAUAUUAAUUUAAAUGAUGAAUGUGCUUGGUUGUUAGGUAAUGCUUUUAAUGCAUUAAAUAUUAACGAACUUAACGGAAAUGACCAUUUGACACACACAGAAACCUUUGAUGAAAUUUGUGAUUACCUUUUGGUAUAAAUUUGUAUGUGUUGACAAUUUCCAUAAAUAUGAAUUUUAUUGUGAUUUUUUUUUUAAUUUUAACCUAUUUGUUAAACUGUAUACACAUAUUGUUAGUAUACAUUAUUUUUAUUUUUAAAACUACAACCAAUGUAUGUAUCAUUUUUUUAUAUUUAUCAUACAUGAUUUUUUUUUAAUGCUCAACACUGCACUGUUAAAUUUAUAAUGUGCUAGUAUAUAAUUUGUAUUUAUUUAUUUUUAUUUUUAAAAUUAUACAAUAUGUAUAAGA